AUGGUUCUGGUAGCAAACAUGAGUUUAAAAAUGGGAGCAGGAAAACUUGCUGCACAAGUUGGACAUGCUACCCUUGGUGUUUAUCGACAGGCUAUGAACUCGGAAGCUGGACGCGAAGCUAUCGAAUCUUGGACUCGUCAUGGGCAAGUGAAGAUCGUUGUGCGAGGUAGUAGUACUGAAGAGCUUAUGGAUAUGUGCAAA